AUGAAACAUCCGGCCACGACCGUUCCGACUCGGCCAAGACCCGACUGUCCGGCCGAUCGUCCCGACCGACCGUCCGAACGCCGCGGUCGACCCGAAGCCGUUUUUGAAGCCCAAUCCGCACAAUUCAAGCCCAAAGCCGGCGCCGACCUAGCUAGAUUAGCUUUUCAGGUUUUCCUAGUUAGAUAUGGAGAAGGAGCCACAAGCCUCUUCCCCUAUAAAGGCGAUGCCAAUUCGCCACAUACCACCUCAAAGCACCUCUUGAGCGAACAAGAGAUGUUAAGCCCUCAAGCACCACCACCUUCAUGGGAUAGUCCUCCAAGACCAUCCACUUUGAAGACAAAGAAGAAACUUCUUCCUUACCUUGAAGCAGCCGACCUGGAGACGUCUAGCCAAGCCGCAUCACACCAAGAAGAGUACCUUCUAGCCACACCAGAAGAGGAGAUUAACCCUGAGCUGAUCGAGUUCGUGAAGAGAGAUCAAUUCCAUGAUCUGUUUUCAGAGUAUGCACUGGAGCACAUAGAUCACUUUGACAAUCUUUGUGAUUCCUAUGGAGUUUUUGACUUUGAGAAGAAGAUGAUGCUAUUCAGCACAUCACUAGCUGGACCAGCACUAGAUUGGGCGCAGCAUGAACCACCUCUACAAUCGAGUCAUGGAUCGAUUUUAGAGAAGCUUUCUUGGAAAGGUUUGCAAGAAGCCACCUUUCAAAUCCAAGUACCACCACUACUCUCAUCAGCUGGAGAGAGAGCGUGA